AUGGAAUUUUUUGAAGAUCUUGAAGUUUUGAAUGCACAGCAAAAGAUCAAAGAAUUAGUGAGAGUUUCAUCCAUCAAAGAAUCAGUAAGAACAAUAUUGAAAGCAUCUCCAAAAAAAUUCUUCUUGGUUUUCUUCACCCUCAUACUCCCUCUUUCGUUUCUACAAUUCAUGUUGGAAAUUAAUAAUCUGAACGUAGCCUUUAUCGUUUUUGUCUAUCAAGUUUACCAUUUAUCAUCACCUGAACAUCAAUCUACCAAUCCAUUAGUUAUGUAUAAAGAAAUUGUUGGCGCAUAUCCUACCGAUCAUUUUUUCUUGAAACUGAAUUCUAUCCGGUACUACUGCAUCUCCCUUGUUUUGUUCUUCGCCUUCUAUCUUCUGUCUGUCUCUGCUACAACCUUCACUGUAGCUUCUCUUUACGUUUCUAAACCCUUGUCUUACAGUUCUAUUCUUUCCGCUAUUCCUCGCAUCAUAAAACGUCUUGCAAUCACCUUUCUUCACGCCUUACCCCUCAUUUUCUUGCACUACACAGCUUACUUGGCCGUUCUUGCUUUGGUUUGCACAAUUGUUACGUUAAUUGGUACGGUGCUGAAAAUUAAUUAUGUCCUGGUAUUCGUCAUUGGUACCAUACUUGUUAUCUUCUAUGUUUGUUUCGUCUUCGUUGUUCAUGGGAAUUUUGUAGCAUGGUGGAACUUUGCCAACAUGGUUUCGGUUCUUGAACCAAACAUAUACGGUUCAGCAGCCAUAAAGAAGAGUAAACAACUGUUACAGAAGAAGAAAUUUAUUACGGGCUUCCUUGUAUUUUUCUACUUGGGUACUGUUUAUGAAAUUGCUUGUAUCGCAGAGGUUGUUCUGACCCUUAUGGGCAAUGACGCGAACAUCAUAGUAAGGCUUUUGGUCAGUUCGUUAUUUGUCAUGGCACUGGCAGUGGUGAAUUUCUUGGGGCUAACUGCUCAAAAUCUCAAGUACUACCAAAAUCAAGUGGUUGGCCAAGGAGUUCUGAACGAAAGUGUUAUAGAGAUGCAAGGGCUUGUUGGUAAUGAUAAUGGUAUAGAAGACAAUCUCUUGGAGGUUUAA